UAAGCCUCCUUCCCCGCUGCUCUCUCACAUUUCUCUUCUUCGUCUUGUCACUCACACCCUGGCGAAGCCUUGGAAAAGUGUUUUCGGGACUUCAGGGCUUCACAGCCAGAGAAGCUGCAGGCUUCGGUAGCAACAGAUGCGAGUUUCCUCAGCUGAAGUUUAUGGAGAAUCUCCCUGGCUCCUCCAGCAACCAGCCUAUGACAGGAAGUGUUUGGAGAAGGGACUCUUGCAAAACUUGAUUCUCGGAUUCCCUGGUCUACAACAGUGCCUGGAAGAGCAGAGCGUAGAUGGAGCCACCUGCCAGUAGCUGCAUGAGAAACUCUCAACCUACUAGCACCAUGCUCUGGGAAUGCCUGAGGAAUCACCACCCAGAGGCCGGGCCAGCUGGGCCGCAGCUCUACCCACAAGCCCCCUUUUCGUUCCACCCCAAAUCAGACUUCGGGGCCUACGCAGACUUUUCCACCUCGUGUCUGGCCACGGCCCCCCAAAGCCUUCCUCGGGAGGAUCGGGUUUUUGAUGAGCACCACCCCUCUUUCCACCACUCCACCUGGCAUUUCACCACCUCGGAGGGCAGGCGGCGGCUACCUGCCGAAUUGGCACUGGGGUCGGGAGAACCAGAGAAUGGCAGCCCACGCUUGGUGGAUUCUGCUGUGGCGACCAGGGAAGAUUAUGGUCUGGCGAGGAAUACGACAAGGGAAGUGGAGAAGAAAUCGUGCCGAAGGAAAAAGGGCAAUUCGGAAAGCCAGAACACAGGCAGCAGUGGGAGUGCCACAAAAGCAGAAGCCAACAGCAGCUCAAAGCGGAAGGAAGCGCCUGCUUUCCUCAAGGAACAGCUGGGGCUGGAGUGAAUUCACACCACAACUAUCUGGCCGAGGCUCCGGUGACGGGAUGUAGUGAACCUGGACUUGACGGAAAGACAGGUCAAAGUGUGGUUUCAGAACCGCCGGAUGAAGUGGAAGCGUGUGAAAGGCGGGCAGCCGGUUUCACCUCAGGACCAAAACAUGGAGGAUGUGGACUCCGCUGCCUCCCCAAGCUCAGAAUAGCCCCUUCUGGGAGAGCCUGAGAAAUCUGAUGCAGCCACAAGACGAACAGCCGCUGGCCAGAUUUUUGCUACUCAACACUGCUGAGGACGUUCUUACAACUGAGCAUGCUCAGUAGCAGCAACUGAAGCCCUUUGCCCUCACUGCCUGCUCAGACCUUUCACCUCCCCAGGCUUUGCAAGGGAAUGUUGACUCAAGGGGGUGGAAGGAGCAACCUGGAGAAAGGGGUGGCUUUGCUUUUCUAUGUGAAACUGGACUGUGUUGUAAAUUGGGUUUGCAAAGUGCCAAAAAAGGGACAGAAUGGUGCAGGGAUGAAGUCUUAAGAAGAAAGUCACACGCAAUAUUUUAAGCAUAAUAAUUGGAUUGGGAAGUGUCCUCAUCACUGCCUCUCCAAACUUAAUUUUCCUCUGCACGGCUCCGGGGAAAAAAUGGUGCUAUAGGUUUGAAACAGAGACUGGUUGUGGCUGGCUGCUAGGCGCUGAUUGGCUAGCUUCUGUGAUGUCCGGAAACACACAUUGGCCCCUUCCGCACAAGCAAAAUAAUGCGUUUUCAAACCACUUUCACAAUUGUUUGCAAGUGGAUUUUGCCAUUCCGCACAGCUUCAAAGAGCACUGAAAGCAGUUUGAAAGUGCAUUAUUCUGCAUGUGCAAAAUGAGCCAUAGAGUCCAAAGUCCACAGCAGUUUUUCAUUGCUUUUUUAAAAAGCGGUCUUUUCAAAAUUAAUGUGGUAAUGAAUGUUGACAUGGCAGAUUUAAAAGGUACGCAAGUUGCUUGGGAAAGGGAGUGACAGAAAGCUCUUAGCCAAUCUGAUUGCUCAAAGAAGCCACCAGCUCUUUGGGCGGUUGAUAGGGUUCCCAGCACUGCCCUACCAAGUGCCAGGAGUUCUGGGAAGGGGGAGCAGUGCCUAAGGAGGGAGACAUUUGCAGAGGAUGUGUUACCAUGUUCAGAUACCAAUCUAGGCUGCCUUCCAUAGCCUCUAUGGUCUUUACCACAGAGACUUAAGGGAAAUUCUUAGAGUGUCAGUAUAUGGGAGCGUUUUUUUCUCCCUCUCAUUGGACCCUUGGUGGAUAAAUUGUUUGGCAGUAGCUUGGUGGAUAAAUUGUUUGGCAGUAGCUGAAAGUACACAGAACUGCCCCAACUACCACCUAUCACCUGAGCAGUGUUUGGGGGUCACUAUUUGUGAUCAGUGAUGGCCUGGAAACUGGGAGGAGGUGGGAAGAACUUCUCCUGGACCUUCUAGUCCCCCGGGGCCACCAUACCUGAAGAACUGCCACCGUUCUGCCCUUGAUCCAGAUACCUGGGUUUGUUUCAUUGUACGGAGUCUGUGCUGUAGAUUUGCUCAAUUUUUAUAGGUGGUGGCCCUUGAGGGGAAUUACUUAGGAAGGCAGUGGUGAUAUCAUCCCGGUGGAAAGAGCCAGCGGCAGGAAGCGUGA